GAAAGACGAGACAUUUUCAAACUUUCAACACCUGUUUUCGUUUGGAGAUGAGAGAAGUUCAAACUGAGGAAGAAUUAGAACAGGCUAUCAAAGAAAGUGAAACAAGACUGAUGAUACUAGACUUUUUUGCGGAUUGGUGUGGGCCUUGCAAAAGAGUCGCUCCAGAACUGGACAAAAUUUGUGAAGAAUGGGAAGAUGUUUUAUUCAUAAAAUUAAAUGUAGAUGAGUUGGAGUCUGCAGCCGAAACGUAUGCUAUAGCUGCAAUGCCUACAUUUAUUGCAUUCAAAGGCGGCGAAAAAGUGGACGAAGUUGUUGGUGCGAAUUUAGACAAACUGAGAGAGAUGAUUGAAAAGUAUAAGUAAAUAAACCACGGGGGCUAAUGAAAAAAUAAUUUCACUGAACAUCUUUCUGUAUCACGAUUAGUCAUAUAUUGCACUUAGUUACUAUUAUAUGUAAAAGAUAUUUAUGAACUGAGCGACAUUUAACAUUUCAUUAAUUAAAAUUGAUGAUAAAUUUCUGUUAACACAUAUAUGAGAAGCGAUACUUUAGUUUUCAUUAAAUAUGUUCACUAA